AGUCCCUCUAGCGGAAGUUGCAACAGGACGCAUGCGUGCAGCCGCGGCACCGACCACACCGAACCAACACACCCGUGGUCCCGCAGCAGCUGUUUUUAUCUUCACCUCCGUGGACCCAAAGACUAAAGACACCCAGCUGUGUGUCUCCCUGUGCAGCAGAAUGACCAGUGUGGACCAGGUGGCGGCGGUGGGACAGGUUCUGGUGGACCCUGGAGUGGACCUGACCCGGCGCUUCAGAGCCUUAUUCACCCUGAAGAACCUGGGAGGAGCUGAAGCCAUAGACUGGAUCAGUAAAGCCUUCACCGAUGACUCGGCCCUGCUGAAGCACGAGCUGGCGUACUGCCUGGGACAGAUGCAGGACACCCGGGCCAUAGCCCCCUUGAGUGCCGUCCUCAGAGACACGCAGCAGGAACCCAUGGUCCGCCACGAAGCAGGGGAGGCUCUGGGAGCGAUUGGUGAUCCCGUGGUUCUGGACCUACUGAAAGAGUACAGUCAGGAUCCUGUCAUAGAGGUGGCGGAGACAUGUCAGCUGGCUGUGCGGCGCCUGGAGUGGCUGCAGGCUGGCGGAGACACCCAGCUGGACGACGGCAGCGCGGAUAAGAACCCGUACUGCUCCGUGGACCCGGCCCCUCCAGCGUUGAGGACCAGUGUGCCUGAGCUGCGCUCCAUCCUGUUGGAUGAAAGUCUGCCGCUGUUCGAACGCUACCGUGCCAUGUUUGCCCUGCGUAACCUGGGCAACGAGGAGGCGGUGCUGGCACUGGGAGACGGCCUGCAGUGCUCCAGCGCUCUGUUCCGUCAUGAAAUCGGCUACGUCCUGGGGCAGAUGCAGCACCCGGCGGCCUUCCCGGCCCUGCGCGCCGCUCUGGAGCGCUCCGGGGAGAACCCCAUGGUCCGCCACGAGGCGGCGGAGGCUCUCGGCUCCAUCGGGAGAGAGGAGUGCCGGGCUGUCCUGCAGCAGUACCGUGGAGACGGAGAACGUGUGGUCAAGGAGAGCUGCGAGGUCGCUCUGGAUAUGCUGGAGUACGAAAACAGCGAGCAGUUCCAGUACGCAGACGGACUGGUCCGGUUACAGGGUUAAAGGCUUCGCCAGCACGGUCCCCGCCCCCAACCCGCAGAGAGAAGAGCUUCGCAAUAUGAAAGAUACCCAGCACACAAACAUGCAGCAGGCGGUGAGAGCGUAGCAUCUGCGUCCUCAAAGCUAGCAUCUCCAAGCUGGAGGUUGGAGAAGUGACGGAGCCAUUCACGGGCUUUUCCUCUGCGUUUGUGUCUGAGCUGAGUGGGAUCAUACAGUCCUACAGAGGGGAUUCAGAGAGAACUAAAGCUUGUGAUCCAGGAUACUCCGCAGCCGAUCACU